UAAGGUAGCAAUAAGCUAGUCAUGGUUAAGUAUGGAUGGCCAUUGGCCAGACUUUGCCAUUUUUAACUGUGGUACUGUAUGUAUUUGUUACUAUAAGCUCAAUUGAAUUGAAUGCCAAAAUGAUUGCAUAUCUGGAAGCAGCACUGUUACCUGGGAAAAUCAGACGCAUAGAUCUCGAAUCGAAUAUUGUACGAAUAAUCGAGACGCACCAAAAGCUUUACUGUCAUCAAGUAAUGAAUAUGUUUUAAUGUUUUUAGGUACGACAACGACCAAUUCCAAGCCACCAUCGAUGUGCAGGACUUCAAGCCCGAAGACAUCGAUGUCAGAGUAGACGACAACGUCAUCACUGUGGAAGGCAAACACGAGGAGGCCCGCGAGAAGCAAGACGAGUACCGUCGUGAACGUAACGCGGCUUACAAACACUUCUUGAAGAGGUAUUACUUGCCCUACGAGUACGAUAACAACAGAGUGGAAAGCAGACUCUCCUCAGAUGGUUUCCUGACUGUCACAGCUCCCAAGAAGGGUGUGUGGGUGCCCUGGAAGAUCAGCACCGACAGACGCAUCCCUAUAGUUAUGGCUCCAGGACCUAUACUAGCAGGCCAUGGCUGAAGAAGCUGUCAUGGAAAUAAAGCCGCUGUUUUCUUCAAUGAUGCAAAAUAUUAACCAUUGUUGUUUUUUCCAAUACUGACUAUACUUGUUGUUAAUAUAGCAUGCAGGUCACAGCUAUAGUGUAGCUAUGCAGAAAAGUAUUUAUUGUUGAAAUGUUCAAAAAAUUGUUAAUAAAAAAGCACACACUAAU